UCAGAUGCAGAUGGAAACCUGUGUCAAAGUAACCAACUGCUGCAAGUCAUACUGACCAUGCAUCGAAUUAUCAUCUCCUCUGCAGAGCUGCUCCAAAAAGUUAUCACCCUCUAUAAAGAUGCCUUGGCAAAGAAUUCACCAGGGCUUUGCCUGAAGAUUUGCUAUUUUGUAAGGUACUGGAUAACAGAAUUCUGGAUCAUGUUUAAAAUGGAUGCCAGCUUGACAAACACUAUGGAGGAGUUUCAGGAACUGGUGAAAGCUAAUGGUGAGGAGUUACACUGCCGCCUAAUUGAUACAACUCAAAUUAAUGCCCGGGACUGGUCUAGGAAACUUACUCAAAGGAUAAAAUCAAAUACCAGCAAGAAACGGAAAGUCUCCCUGCUCUUUGACCAUCUGGAACCAGAAGAGCUUUCUGAGCACCUCACCUACCUAGAGUUCAAGUCCUUCCGAAGGAUAUCUUUCUCCGACUAUCAGAAUUACCUGGUAAAUAGCUGUGUGAAGGAGAACCCCACCAUGGAGCGGUCCAUAGCCCUAUGCAACGGCAUCUCCCAGUGGGUACAGCUGAUGGUUCUCAGCCGCCCUACUCCACAGCUCCGAGCAGAAGUCUUCAUCAAGUUCAUCCAGGUGGCUCAGAAGCUCCACCAACUACAGAACUUCAAUACAUUGAUGGCUGUGAUAGGUGGACUGUGUCACAGCUCAAUCUCCAGGCUCAAGGAGACAAGUUCACAUGUCCCGCAUGAAAUCAAUAAGGUUCUGGGUGAGAUGACUGAGCUGCUGUCCUCCUGUAGAAACUAUGACAACUACCGGCGAGCCUAUGGAGAGUGCACCCACUUCAAGAUCCCCAUCCUAGGGGUGCACCUCAAGGACCUCAUCUCCCUGUAUGAAGCCAUGCCCGACUAUCUGGAGGAUGGGAAGGUGAACGUCCAUAAGCUGCUGGCCCUUUACAAUCAUAUCAAUGAACUGGUCCAGCUGCAAGAGGUGGCCCCACCGCUGGAGGCCAACAAGGACUUGGUGCACCUGCUAACGUUAUCCCUGGAUCUCUACUACACAGAAGAUGAAAUCUAUGAGCUUUCCUAUGCCCGGGAACCACGGAACCACAAAGCCCCACCACUCACACCUUCAAAGCCACCAGUAGUCGUGGACUGGGCCUCUGGAGUAUCUCCCAAACCUGACCCCAAGACCAUUAGCAAACAUGUCCAGAGGAUGGUGGAUUCUGUCUUCAAGAACUAUGAUCAUGACCAGGAUGGAUACAUUUCUCAGGAAGAAUUUGAAAAGAUUGCUGCAAGUUUUCCAUUUUCCUUCUGUGUGAUGGAUAAAGACAGGGAAGGCCUCAUCAGCAGGGAUGAGAUCACUGCCUACUUCAUGAGAGCCAGCUCGAUCUACUCCAAGCUAGGCCUGGGCUUUCCUCACAACUUCCAAGAGACCACCUACCUGAAGCCCACUUUCUGUGACAACUGUGCUGGAUUUCUCUGGGGAGUGAUCAAACAAGGAUAUCGAUGUAAAGACUGCGGGAUGAACUGCCACAAACAAUGCAAAGAUCUGGUCGUGUUUGAGUGCAAGAAGCGAGCCAAGAACCCCGUUGCUCUCACAGAGAACAGCAGCUCUGUGGGCCCAACGUCCAGCCUCUGUCCACUGGGAACCAAAGAGCUGCUCCACACGCCUGAGGAAGGCCCUUUUACAUUCCCUAAUGGAGAGGUUGUGGAACACUGCGAGGAGAGUAAGGAUCGGACCAUCAUGCUGAUGGGAGUGUCCUCGCAGAAGAUUUCUGUUCGGCUGAAGAGGACUGUAGCCCACAAGGCAACGCAGACCGAAUCACAGCCCUGGACUGGCAGUGAGGGCCCUUCUGGUCCCUUUGUGCUAUCUUCUCCAAGGAAGACAGCCCAAGAUACUCUUUCCGUGCUUCCCAGCCCCUCAUCUCCAUGUCCCAGCCCAGUCUUGGUCAGAAAACGUGCUUUCGUCAAGUGGGAGAAUAAAGAAUCCUUCAUAAAAUCAAAGGAGGAGCUCCGUCACCUCAGACUCCCCACUUAUCAAGAGCUGGAACAGGAAAUAAAUACCCUGAAAGCAGAUAAUGAUGCCCUAAAGAUCCAACUGAAAUAUGCACAGAAGAAAAUAGAAUCCCUCCAGCUUGAAAAAAGCAAUCAUGUCUUAGCUCAAAUGGAGCAGAGUGACUGUUCUUAGCCCAGACAUCCAAGGAGCACAAUCCAUAGAUGAGUGUACUGGAAAUCUCAUUUUCUAAACUGAUGAACACAAAGACCUGGGUACUUUAAGACUGACUGGCUUUAAAAAGGGCACUUUAAAAAAGAACAUCCAAGUAACUGUUUUUGUACCUAAGAGAUUCCUAGUGUGCAUGACAGUUUUCUUGUAGUCACUUGACUCAAAAGGGGAAGAAAGCUGAACAAUGUAAAACCUCUGCCAUUCAUUUCAUGAACUUUCCCCCUUGGGACUAAUACUCCAAAGUGUGCUAAACACGAUGCAGUUAGCUGACAAGGUACCGCCUCACAUGGCCUGUUCUGCUGAUUCUUCUAUAGAACUGGAAAAUGAAUGUUUCCUUCCCUGGGUUUUCUGUGAACUGACGAAUUUCCUUUGUUCCAUCCAAAGCUUGCUUAAAAUGGGAAAAUACUCACAUUCCAAAAGUACAUUUACUUCUCCAUAUCCCAGCAUUCCUGGUGAAUCUGGUCCCUACUUCACUACCUCAAUUAGCCUCUUUCCUCUUCUUCCUCACUACACUUACACACAGAAGCAUAUCUACCUAAAGGAACUUCUAGAGAGGUAGCCUCAACUCCUUAGAGACCUACUAAGCAACAUGGCAUCGUCCAAUUGCAGGUCUGGUUAUUUUUGUAGUCUUAUUGUCAUCAUAAAGUAAGUAAUCAAGUUAAGUACCUGAAAUAUAGUAACUAUUACCACCUCACACAUAACUGAUGAAUAAACAUAAUGCAAACAUAUUUGUCUUCAUGUAUUUUACAGUGGAUAGAAUUAGGGAUUUAUGGCUUUUUAAAAAAGUCAGAGAACAGUCCACUUAACUCUUCAUGUUCCAUCUUUAUCUCUUUCCUUUGGAUUUUUGCAAGAGGGCAUGUGUGCUGGCUGGAGAGAGAUCAAGGGAGGGAAGAGAGAAAGAGAAAGCAUCCCAUGGGGGAUGGUCACGCCAAAAUCUCUUCUUCAGUUCUCCUUCCUUUUGGGAUUUUGAAUGUGUGCACAUACAAAUGCCCGACCAGUUUUUCAAGUCACUGGGUCCAGGCCUCGAACCUUGCAGUCUGUCAUGUGGGAUCCAGUCACCUUAAUGACCAUGUCACCGGCUGGCCCAAAAAGUAAACUAUUUUUCAAGUUCUUUUUUUGAACUAAAUUUGUGCUGAAAUUGUCUUCACUAUCAAUACUACUUAGAAAUAAGCUAGUUAAAUCAGUAGAUUAAAUAAAAGCUGACAGCAUGUACAUAUGUAUAUAUAUACACAGUAUUGGGCAUGCAAGUAACUUGGAAUUUUGUUUCCUCUUUCAAAAAUCUGGAAGGGAAUUAAACAACUUUUAGUCAUUUAUGCAAGUUCACAAAUACAAAGUUUAGUUUGUUACAAGAUGGAGAAACCGCUCAUAAUGUAAAUCACAAGUGACAGUCCUAUGAGUUUUUUUUUCCUUUUCCGAAGGUUAAUGAUAAAUAAGCUUACUUAGUUGUCUGGGCAACUACUCACCAGCUCCUUUGUCAGCCUCUUUUUAGUUUUCUAAAAAAAAUUCACAGGAUCGCUUUUAUGUUGGGGAGGUACUUAGUUUUCAUGUUUGGAAAGUCCUGUACCAAGGUCACUUGACAUUUAUAUAUGAGUUGACUAUCUGCUGUGAUCAUCAUCUUAACAAUUAGAAGUUCCAAGCCUAAAGCCAACAGCACCAAGCCUUUACACAACAAAGUACAUCUACAGUGUUGCUUACUUGGAGGAUUCAGAUCAGUAAGACCGUUCUCUGAUGAAAGAUUAAUUCUCAUUUGCACACCUCCUUAUACUGAGUUUAUGUCACCCACAACUAGCUUGUUGUUAGUGUUUCAUAGAAUUUUCAAAGAACCAGUUUAAACACAAAUUUACCCUUCUCAGAAAUUCUUAAAGCAGGGCUUCUUAGAUCCGCCACCUGGUAUAUAAAUUUACAGUAGCACUUCAUUACUUGCUUUAUAUAGAACAAACAAAAUUCAUAUUCUUCAUGAUUAAUUCUUUUCCUUUGAUAUAGACCAAAGAAGGAGUAGCUCAAUCUCUUUAAACAUAGUCAUAAAACACUGUUUUUUCAUUCUUCUUAUACCCUCAAUCCAAAAUAAAGACCCCAGGAUAGUUUUUAUGUAAAUAAUCUGUAACAUAUAGAAAUUCAAAAGGUCUCAGUCCCCUUAACUGCUCAAAUUAACAUGGUUAGAGUCUAACAGCAGAAUUUAUCACUACAGCAAACAGAAAGCAGUAGUUUCAUCAUGGGCUUUUACAAUUCAGAAAGGGAAAAAGAAACAUGUAUUAGAGUACACAUUAAUAUCAUGUAUGUUGAGCUACAUGGGGUUUGUGGAAUCUACAGAAAUAAUGUGAAAGUUUUUGAUUCAUCAAGCCUAGGAUGCAAAUUUCUCUCUUCAUACUGACUUGGACCUAAGUUUGGGCAGAUAUGCCUGCCAAGACAAGGAGAAAUCUUACUUCAUCAACGGUGUCACUUCUCAUUAUUUGUUAAUUGCCUUUUUACUGACCAUUGUGAAUAUCUGUCUAAAGAUAUAUAAUGUAAAAGAACUACAAGAAACAAAACCAGAUGUACAGAUUGUAAAGUGUUUGUUUUUGAUACUUAAUGUAAGUUUUCUUUGUGUAAUAUUUAUAUGAUAAAGACAUUAGGACCCCCUAUAACAUAAAUGUCUUGUGUCCUGCUUAAUGAAUACAUAGAAACUUCACCUGGAUUUUUACUAUAAUCUAAACUGAGAUCACUCUCCUAAUUCUCUUAACAAAAUUGAAGUUUUCCUAGACUUUCCCAUUUAAAUGCUUCUAUAUCUUUUCACAACAUGAACAAGCAACAGUAUACAAAUAUUCAACAUUUUCACAUUGUUCAUGACUUACAUUGACACCCCCCCCCAAAAAAUAUUAGGUCUAUAAACACUUAACAUUAAAUGAGACAAACCUGAAGUUCUCAUUUCUCUGCUGCCUCCAUCCUGUAAUUCCAUAGUUGUUCAGUCUAAGCAACUAGCAGGUAAAGAGAAAACAUUUUGUACCUAUAGGUAAAAUUAGUAGAUGGUUCAAGCCAGCAUACAGAUUCACCUGCAGCAAUUCACUAGGGUCAGGCUUAUUAGUAAUCAGAGAGAGUCAAGAUUUUCCUUAAAUUCCCAGCAUUUUUCAAUUUUAACCAUAUCAGAGAAGAGAGGGAAAAAUUUCAGUCACUCAGAUGACACUGUGGAAUGCAUCCUGGUACAUCUGGAUAGGGGUUUAUUUAUCAUUUUGUCAAUUCAUAACACUCUAUACAAACUAAUAAAGUCUCACUGACAACCUAAUCAUGAAGAAGAGAUAGAACUGCCUUGUCACCUCUACCCCCAAUGACCAUCCCAGACGGCUUGCCUGUGUUUUUUUACAAGGUAUACAGAUAGUAUCAAUGCUUAGAAUACUUUCUGGACACAAAUCCUUUCUUUUUUUAGGUUGUCAUACUUUCUUUUAUAACAAAUAUGGGUAAUAAAUUUUAAGUUUUUUUUCUUUUUUCCUGUUUCAUGAAAUAAUGUUUCCCUGAUGUGCACAACACAAGGAAAUAGAUUCAAAGAAAACACCUGUUUCUGUUUCAAUGAAAGGUUAUAAGUAAUGGUAUGGGUGAUUUUGAAUGGACAGGACAUAUGUUCUUCAUAAGAUCCAGAGCAAAGGUCAGUUAUGACUUUAACAUCUAGUAAAAGCAUGUCAGUACCAAGACAGAAGGAACAUGGGAUGUUAGAAAAAAAAAUGAAAUAGAGAACCAGGCAAAACACAAAUGAAGAGGAGGACUGAAAAAAGUGUUGGAUUUUAGAUAGCAGUGAAGUGCCACCCAUGACAGUCUUCUAUAUUGCGCUCAAUUUAUAAAAUGUUUUCACAUUACGUCCUUUCACAUGAAGGACCCAAAUCACUUUGUUGCUUGUUCUUAACCAGAAAACUGAUCUACAAAAUAAUUUUUUUAAGGUUUUGUGAUAGGGCAUGUGUGCUCUAAGUAGAGAGAG